UAUAAUCCAGGAGAAAAUGUUACUGUUGACGAGCAGUUAGUAGCAUUUAGAGGUCGCUGUCCAUUCAAGCAGUAUAUCCCAAGUAAACCGGCAAAAUAUGGGAUCAAAAUAUGGACCAUGUGUGACAGCAAAACUUCAUACGUACUGAAAGCCCAAAUUUAUACAGGAAAGGUGAGUGGAGCGGCACCAGAAAGAAAUCAGGGAAUGAGGGUGGUAUCUGAUCUCACUUCUGAGUUACGUGGUCAGAAUAUCACGUGUGACAACUUUUUUACGUCGUACAAUUUGGGGCAGCUGCUUCUGAAAAGGAAAUUGACUAUGUUGGGAACUAUACGGAAAAAUAAGCCGGAGUCUCAAGGAAGAUGGAUGAGAAAGGAAUUCAUUCUGUCCAGUUCAAAAGCUGUAGACAUAUUUGAUUACGUUAGCUCGAAUGUAAUCAGACUAUGA